UCCUGAAGUUAUGGCACCGAACUAUGAUGAUCUGAGAUUAGCUAAAGAAUACAAUGAUUCACCUCAAUUUUGGGGCCCGGAGACAAGUUAUAGCUCCGAUUACAAAUGGAAGAUGAACACAGAUUUCUUGAAGAGUUCAGUGGCCCGACGACUCCCCAACGGUCACAACCCGCAUCCACGCGAUGCAGGAACCAUUUCCUGGUUCACAAAUAACAGAGUGUGUAAUAUGAGCACGUACGACCGGCCACUGACAGGUUACGCGCACGCGCCACGCUCCAGACGUGAGAUGCUGACCACUUCCUCUCUCUGUUACCAGCCCCCUCCAGCGGAGAGUUACAGAGCUAGAACUGCUGGAGCUGCUGCUGAUAGGAAGGCUUUACUGUCUUCAAAUGGAGUCAAGUGUGCAUUGUCGACCUACUCUCAAUCCAGAAGAGCUUUUAGUGCUGAUCAGAGUUACAGUAUAAAGAAGGGAAAGAAGAUAGAUAUGCAGGUUGACAAGGAAAAGAGAGAAAAGUUACUGCAAAGAGCAGCUCGACAAGCUUACAAACCGAAGGUAGAUCAAAGGGGUCUCACAAAAGAAGAGGUGCAUCAGUUGAAAGUUGAGCGAAUGGAAUGUGAACGAGAUGCCGAACAGUCAAGGUACAGAGCAUCGUUAAAGAAGCAGAUGGAUAAGAGCAAAUAUGACUUCAGCCUAAUUCCUUUCGUGCACCGAAAUACUGAGGUUUGUCACCCUCAAGCAAGAAGGAUGACUACAAGACGAUUAGCUGCUACUGUCCCUGGGCUGGUCAAGUGAAUAAGAACUGAAAGUUUUAAUAAAUCACUUGGAGAAGAGUUGGACCUGAGAUUUAUCACUGCACGUCAACCACCUGUUAUCAGUUCAACUUGUAACUCAGUCCUAGAAUUCAAAAUAUUGACUAUUUAGUCCAAAGAAGGAACAUCAGGAACAAAUAACGAAACCUAACGGCAGUUGCUUUUGGUUGUGCAAUCUUCUCUGACAAUUGUAGGCAUUAGCAGUUUCUUGAUGUACUUGUUUAUACACUACUGAAUCGUCAGUUUCCGUUGUGUUAUUCUAUUAUCCUUUAUGUUUGCUAGAGUCGUAAAUUAUCUAAUAUUAUAUGUACAAAAAUAUGUAGUUGUAGAUAAUUAUUGGAUUUAUUUUACAAAAUAUUCAAUAUUCAUGUACAGACUAAAUGAGAACUAAAUGAGAACGACAGUUAUUUAGGUGAAUUAAAAAUUCAAAUAAUAUACUAAAUUGAAUACUGUAAUGAGACCACUGAUGACCAUGUUUUAAUGAUUUAUUCGUCCUUCUCAAC